AAGGCUUUUUACUUCCAAUUUCCUUCCUGACGAUUUGACUACACCGGCGAGCAGAUAAAAGAGUAAUGGCCACUGAGGUUACUGAUCGGAAUCUCUCAACUCCGACAUUCUUCGUCGCCGUACACGUCGGUGCUGGAUAUCACUCACCAUCGAAUGAGAAAGCUCUCCGUUCACCAAUGAAACGAGCGUGGCUCGCUGCCGCUUCCGUUCUCCGAAAGGGUGCUGGUGGAUGCAUAGACGCUGUUACAGCAGCAAUUCAAGUAUUGGAGGAUGAUCCAAAUACAAAUGCUGGACGAGGUUCAAAUUUGACAGAGGAUGGUCAUGUGGAGUGUGAUGCUAGUAAUAUGGAUGGUGAUUCUGGAGCAUUUGGUGCUGUAGGUGCAGUGCCAGGUGUCAGAAAUGCCAUUGAGAUUGCUGUUUUGUUGGCCAAGGAACAGAUCUCUGGUUCUUCACUGCUUGGACGAAUAUCUCCAAUGUUUUUAGUUGGAGAAGGUGCCCGUGCAUGGGCGAAGUCCAAAAGUGUUGUUUUACCAUCAACUAUGACAGAGGCUGACGAGUCGCUUGUUACUGAGAAGGCAAGAACCCAAUGGAAAAUAUACAAAGCAAUGCUUGAUGAUGCCAAAGCUGUAAAUGAUGCUCCUGACAUAAAGAUGACCAAUGCUAAGGAGACUAAUGCAAUAUCUGAAGUAGAGAGCCAACCAUCUGAUCAAUUGAGGGGAGAUGGAGUGGGUGACCAAAUCUCCUUGCUCAAUGCAUUAGACGAAGACUUAAUUUCAGACACUGUUGGGGUUAUCUGUCUCGAUUCGAAAGGACAUAUGGCUUGUGGAAGUUCUAGCAGUGGGAUAGCACUGAAGGUAAGUGGGCGUGUAGGUCUAGCAGCAAUGUAUGGUUCCGGUUGUUGGGCAUCGUCAAGGGGACCUUUUGGAGCUCCAUUUAUAGUGGGAUGCUGUGUCAGUGGUGCUGGAGAGUACCUAAUGAAAGGAUUUGCUGCUCGGGAAUGCUGUAUCUCAUCAUCACUGUCUCAAGCUGGUCCAUCUUCUGCCUGUAAAAAGGUUUUGCAAACUAUUCAAGAAAACAGCCAAUGCAGUGUUGACCGAAGUGCUGGAUUCCUUCUAGUUCAAGCAGAUCCUCCAAGACUGGUAAGACUGUUCCAGUGUUCCCUUAUCUUUCUCUUUUCUCAUGCUUUUUAUCUGAAGGAAAGAAAAUAAAGGAACUUCCACAUUGGCUGGCAAUCCAUUGUCCAUAGGUUGGGGGCAAUUUUGGCUAGGCUGGAAGCUGUUGAGAUUGCAGCUGUAUAUUCUUCCUCGUCUUUUGGAAUAGGUUAUUUUGGCAGCUCUAUGGAUAUGCCCAAGGUUUCAGUGCUUAGGAGUAAAAAACAGCAAAAUAAAGCUGGAAUUGAUGAGUUUGCUGCACGAAUUAAUCUCAUCUCCAAGGAACGGUAGUGUUGCAGCAAGAG